AAAGAAAGAAACAAAAAGGGGUCACUUUUUUACUAAUUUGUCCGCUAGCGUGUGGUGCGAAUGUUGGAAGCAUGGAAGCAAAGUAAAGGGCGAGAAUGGCGGCAACCCAUAACUCAAUCAUAAAUCCCACAUCAACCUCACUCUUUCUCCAUUACAACACCUGGCACUAGAGGGAUGACAUGAAUACCCUCUUUAUUAUCAUUACUGUUAGAUAGAUACACAUAAACACCACUUUCCUCAUUCUCUUCUAGUUCAUGGAAAACUGCUUUUCCCAUUUUCAGCAAACUGGGUUCGCUGGUUUAAUUUAAUCAUGCCUCAAGCUACGGGAAAAAGGGGGUUGGAUGUGAAGGUGCACACCCCUGAAGCAUUCCAUAAUAAGAUGACGAUGAUGGCGCAUCAUAAUCAUCACCACCGUCCAUUGUCUUCAUCACCCUUUGAUAAUGUUCCCUGUGCUGCUGCUGAUGCUGAUGCUGAUGCCGAUGGUCCCACGGCUUACAUGUCUUUUACUAAUCAUAUAAACCUUGUUAGUGCUCUUGCUCCUCCUGCUCCUGCACCUGCAACACCUUUGCAGCCUUUUGACAUUUCUCCUUAUACUUCUCCCACCACCACCUUCAAACCCUCAGCAGGUGGUAUGGCGGCUUCUUUGGGGUUUCCUUUCACAACUGCUCAAUGGAGGGAGCUUGAAAGACAAGCCAUGAUUUACAAGUACAUGAUGGCUUCUGUUCCUGUUCCUCCUGGUCUUCUCAAUCUCAUCCCCACUUCCACUUCUCGCUCUCCCUGCAUGGACGGUGCUUUCAAUCUGAGGCUGGCAAGUAGCAGUGACCCGGAGCCAGGUAGGUGCAGAAGAACAGAUGGUAAAAAAUGGAGAUGCUCAAGAGAUGUGGCUCCUAACCACAAAUACUGCGAGCGCCAUAUGCAUAGAGGCCGACCCCGUUCAAGAAAGCCUGUGGAAGUUCACACCAACACCCCCACUCCCACUAGCAUCAACAACAACAAUAAUGAUGUGGCUCCUAACCACAAAUACUGCGAGCGCCAUAUGCAUAGAGGCCGACCCCGUUCAAGAAAGCCUGUGGAAGUUCACACCAACACCCCCACUCCCACUAGCAUCAACAACAACAAUAAUAACGAACAAAUCAAAAGAGCUCGCCAUGAGUCUAUCCCUUCCCCUACACCUGAUGUUGCCGUGGCUGUUUCUAACCCCACAUCCAGAAAAGAUGGAUCUUCGCCCCAUUUUCUUGCUUCUUCUACUACCACUCAGCCCUACCUUGAAUCUUCCCUCUCUCUUGCUAACUUUGGUGUCAAAUCUGCGAAUUUUGACUCCGUGGCUCCUCUUUCUUCAAAUAAUAAGGAACCCAGGGGUUUGGACUGGAUGCUGAAUGGAGAUCCGAUUUCCCUGGGUGCUUCUGACUCAGAAUGGCAGUCUCUGAUACAUAAUAAAGUUGGAAUGACAAGUGAGAGUUCCUGUAACACCACCGAGCCUCAGUAUCUGAACUCAUUUGCGUUAUAUAGCUCUGGAAUGGAUCAACACAACAGACGCCAUCCUUUGUUCCUGAACCCUCUUGUUGUUCCCAUGGAAAAUCUCCAACAGGAGAAGCCAAGGGGUUUCAUUGAUGCUUGGUCCAACUCAGAAACAGGUGAAGGCAAUGCCAACAUCAACAAGAACUCUGCUGCAUCAAUUGGUAAACUAUCCCUUUCUUCUCUUGAUCUAUCCAUGGGGGGUGGUGCUGUGCAUGAAGAUAUAGGUACUAUUGAAAUGGGUUUGGGCAACAAACACACUGAUACUAAAAGCUCUCUCUCAAAUUGGCUUAACCCAGCACCUUGGGUGGCUUCAACACCUGGUGGUCCUCUAGCUGAAGUUCUAAGAUCAAGCACGGUCACAGCCACCAAUGAAGCAGCCUCGACCACAUCCUCACAAGCCACUACACAUGUUGAAUCCAAUAGUCCUCUGGGGACAAUGGUGUCAUCUCCAUCUGGGGUGUUGCAGAAAACGCUUGCUUCAUUGUCUGAUAGUAGUAGCAAUAGCAGCCCAAGGGUUGCAUCAUCAAGGGCCAAUUCUGAGAUGGCCUUGCUCAGGUUUCAAUCAAGUGUAAAUUAAACCAACAUUUUCUAGUACUAUGGUUCAUUUUAAAUGGGGUUAUAUUAUUGUGUAAUCUUGAAUAUUUAGCUUGUGCUAUCCAUUGGGAUAGUUAUAGGCCGUAUAGCCUAUUGUUGAGGACGGUUUGUUAUAUACUAAAAAACCUGUGGUGAACAACCUGGUUUCUGUUUCUUUUAUGUGAUGAAGACUCUUUGCAGCUUUAAA